UAAGCGGGUAAGAUCCAAUUUAGUGACUUGAACCGAAACCAGUACCCCAUUUCCCCAUUUCUCUUCCCCCAAAAAUUAAACCCUCGGCGUUCGACUCGUUCCUCAGAAUUUGGUAAAAAAAAAUACCCCUCGAUUUCAAUGGAGCUUGCAGAUAAAGCAGUCGGGCUUCUUCUAACUUCCAUUAGCAUCUCAAUUUUCACUUACUACACUUUCUGGGUCAUCAUUUUGCCAUUCGUGGAUCAGGAUCAUUUCAUUCACAGGUACUUUCUACCCCAAGAGUUUGCUAUCUUGAUACCGGUGUUUGCCGGCGUCGCGCUUCUCAGUUUCUUGUGUGUCUUUGUUGGCUAUGUCAUGCUCAAAUCUAAGAAGAAGAAGAAAGCUGCUUGAUUCAAAUUUAAUGAUGAAACGUGAGGGAUCCUUGCUUUAAUUUGUCUGGUACUUUCAGUUAGAUUGAAUGCGUUUGACUUGGACCACUAUGUGCUGCUGUUUUACUUGAAUGUUAUACAUGAAAGUUCUACUUAUUUGGAAGUUAUGAUCUCCAUUUUAGUUAGAAAA